CCCGUAUAUGACAGACACGUUAAGCAUCUUUCGUUGAAUAUAGUAUAUCUAUUUUCAAUUAAAAUAUCAAAUUUGGUAUUUAAGGACAUAGCAGGCUGAAUUUCAACGUAAAUUUCUCGUUAAGAUUGAUUUGUUUGUCAGCAACGAAUCAGAAAUGGUUGUAGAAUUUUAUUAUGACUUACUGUCACAGCCCUGCCGGGCGGUUUAUAUCUUUUUCAAAGUUGCUGGGAUACCUUUCGAGGCCAAGGAAAUUGACUUGUUUAAAGGUGAACAUUUAACUCCUGAAUUUAUCAAGAAGAAUCCCAAUAAGAAGAUCCCGAUCAUUGAUGAUGAUGGAUUUAUCCUCGCAGAGAGCGCAGCGAUCAUGCGCUAUAUGGCGUUAAAGAACAAUGUUGCCGACCAUUGGUUUCCAAGACAAGACCUCCGAAAACAGGCGAAGAUUGACGAGUUUAUAAAUUGGCAACAUCAAUCGGUUCGCAAGCCUUGUGUGGAACUAUUCAUUGCUAAAUUUAGAAGCCGUAUUGGUGUAGGACGAUUCACCAAGCAACCCGCUGAUGAAGCAAAACUUCAAAGCCUCCGAGAAGAUAUUACGAAAUCUUUCUCACAUAUUGCGGACUACUUUCUACAAGACAACCAAUAUCUCGCCGGAGACGAGAUUUCACUGGCCGACAUUAUCGGGGUGUGCGAGAUUUACCAUAUUCAAGGAGUGGAAGAAGAUGCGCUGUACACAAAUAACGAAAAAGUUUCAGCAUGGGUUGCACGUGUACGAAAAAGGCUCGAACCUGACUUUGAUACUGCUUCUAUGAAACUUAUGGCCGUCAAACAAAAAUACAUUGAUGCUAAGGAAUAAAUGAAUGAAUUAAUGAACGAACGAACGAAUGAACGAACGAAUAAAUGAAUGAAUUAAUUAGAAAAGAGUUGACUUUUUGGCAAUUAUCAUAGUCAUAUAUUUGGGUUUUUUUUAUUUACUUACAAAAUACCUCAAACGAAUAUAUGUGCAGUCAAACGUGUGUACAAUAUUACCUCUAAGAGAAGGGACAUAUAUAAAAUCAAAGGGCUGCAAGCUCUGUGGUAUUUUCUGAUCUUUGUAAUCUAAAUCGUACUGUAUAUCUGUAUGUAUUUUCCUGUAUUAGUUUUUUUAUGUACUAUAAAUAAUCUUGCAAGGCACCAGAGUUUGAUACAUACGGAAUUUUGCAUAACUAGAGUUGCGUCAAAAAAUCAUUUUUUAUGACUACCACACUUUAUCCUUGCAUAUCAUGGCUACUUCGUUAACAAAGACACUUAAAAAUGAAUUUAAAAAAAACUGCCUCGACUGGGAUUUGAACUUCAGACCUCUUACACACGAAACGAGCGCGUUACCCCUGCACCACGAAGAAGUUAUACAAUAAAUGCCUGAAUAAAAUCAAGUCAUUCUAAAUUUAGAACUUCCAUUGCAUUUCGGGUUUGUAAUCCUUAUUAAUUUCGAGGUAUUUUGUUCAGUUUAAAAUUGAAGUAAAUAAUUUAGCGAAAAUCUUCUCGCCCAAACAGUCCGACAUGUAGAAUCUUUAUAUUCAACUACUCGGCAGUCAGAUUUAUUUGUGUAGUAUUCGGUAAUCGACAUCGCUAAAAAUAGUAUUUUCAUUGAUUAAAAGUAAUUUGUGAUUGUGUAUUUAUUGACAAUUCUAUUGGCCAACGCUACUUUUAAACUUUGAAUGCGUUGUAAUUUGUUGGAUACUUGUAACAAAAUAAAAAAUAUUUCUUUCUUUUAUAUCGCUAGUUUUAAGCUGUUUUGAGAACUACUUGUUGUUAGGUCUGUCGUGAAAUUCUGUGUCAGAGAUAGAAUGCCCGCUUUGUAUUUUACUGAUCUUCGAUCAGAAAAUACAAAUAUAAAUGUUGGUCAGCAAUAUUAGAAAAUUAUAUAAUGUACAUUAAAUUAAAUCGAACAACUGAAACCCUCUUAUGUUUGUAAAUUCAAAGAUAACGUUUUCCAAAUCUCUAACUUAACUUUACUCUAAUUCAUGAUAAUUUCAAACAAGCUUUUUUAAUAUUUCAUUUCCUAUUUCAGAUUGUUUAUUUCCUUUAAUAUAAAAAAGGAAAAAAGAAAAAAAUACUACAUGUUUUUCUAUACUUAACAAAAGUGCUAGUAUUCUGAUAAUGUAUUUGUUUUGUUCUAAAAUUACAUGUAUUUGAGCAGUUUCCCAUUAUUCUUUAAAUAAUUAGCAAACGACAAUAUGCAUUUCAUUCAGAGAAUUAAUUUAUGACUUGUUCUUAGGUAAAGAUGGUAAACGAGAUUCGUAAAUUAUUGAGAUUUGGAGAUUUAUGCGUACGCACGACUCACCGCCCGAUAUAUUUGCUGCUUGUACAUAUACAUGUAAAUAUAUUAUAAAACCAUGGAAACACUAAUACUAUAUUGAAUAUUCUAAAAGUUUCAAAUAGGAAAACUUGAAACGUCGGGCCCUUUUACAUUAUUAAAUAUCAGCAGUGAAAUGGUGCGAAACACUGAAUGUUCUUUUGCGCUAUAGAAAUAUUCAAGGGAAACAAUCACCACAAAUCAAUACAUUAGAAGUUGAUAAGUGUUGUCUCUCUUUGAAUAAAGUUCAUCCGUGAAAUAUACAGGAAAGGUGGUCUUUUAAAUAGAGCACCUUUUAUGCAUUCCACCUUUUGCCUGUUUGAAUAAUGACGGGUUUACAAGUUAAAUAUUGAAUUUUGCUUAAGCCGGUGGUAGGAGGCGUGGGAGAUAGCUUACAAUAACACUAUCGCCCAUGAACAAGUUCAAUCAAACCAAGCCGGCAACUUUUUCAAUUUUGUCGUGUUGGACUUUCUUUAGAAUUUCUGUUUUUGUAUAUUAUUUUGUUAAACAUAUUUUUACUCUGUCAAAAUUCUAUCCAGUCAAAAAUGUUGUCAUUGGUUUGAUGGUGUUAUUUAAAAAUCAAUAAAACAUUAUUUAUGAGAUUUC